CGUUUCACAAGCAAUUCCUAGUAUCUCGCCGUGCAAUCAGAUAGAAUAAUCGCAUAAUCACCGCAAUUACAGCAUCAAAAAUGUUCUCUUGCUGUACUUGCAACAAAAACUCGAAGAAAGCCGGUGGAAAAAAAAACAAGGGAAAUCAUCAAGACGAUGCAAAAGGUGCUGAUGAAGUGGAAACCCCCGAGGGUGAUUAUGGCCAGACAAUGACAAUUUCAAACAAUGAAACGACUGAGAAAUGGAAUGGUGAUACCAAAGAUCCUACGGAAAGAGGAUUAGAUGAUGAUAUUGACAAGGUAGAUAUAAUUGAAUCGAAAUCAUUCCAUUCGGAGGAUAACGUUUCGGAACUGCCGGAGGAGCCUUCGAAUGUGGAGGAGGAAGAAAAACUGCAAUUAGAUAUUUCAUUGGAGAAGAAAAUACCAGGGCCCCCGAAAAUAGCCUGUCUAUUCGAAGCUCCUGCAUACAUAGAGAGAACUAUGAAGGAUGGGCCGGACGAAGAUGGAGAUGAUUCCGUCUUCGAGAGCUCAGUGCACGCCGAUAACCCAUCAGUUUCUGAACACGAAGCGCGAUCAGACAGGCCCAUCAUAAGGUGGCUAUCGCAGGAGGACGAUGAUGCAGUUGAUGAAGUACGCGGAGGAAUGCAGGAGCCACCAGCAACCCCAGUUGCAAAGGAUGAACUCGCACUGAGGCGACACCGAUUUUUCUCUGAUCUCAUCGAUGCUACUAAGCACUCGGCGGAACAUAGAGUGAGAUUCGAUCCACUCGGUCCAUUGAUUCAUCCUGGUUGUGACACGGAACGAGAGGAUCAUCUAGAGGAAUUAGUAACCCGUCUGGAGAACGUAACCAAUCGUCUGGAAAUUCUUCCCACUAAACUCUUUACUCUGACCCAAGAAACAGGAGUUCAAACUCAGAGCUUCUCACCGAAGAAAUCUGAUCAUUCGAGCCCAGAUACACUCUCCAUUGAGAGCGUUGUGGAACUAGGAAGUCGUGACUCUGAAGAAUCCAGUGUUGCUCCAAUCAUCAUGUCGAUUGUGGACUAUGAAGACCUUCUCAACGGACCGGUUGCUGAAUUUUUCCAGCUGAGUGGAAAAAUUGGAGGUGAUGUUGCUGCCCAUAGUAAACUCGUGGAGAAAGCAUUCCAGAUACAACUGGAGUUCUUGCGAAUGGCGGCAACUCGUUGCGCUCCCGCCAAUCAGUCAGAACAAAUGGCUCUUCUAUCCCCUAUGUCAUUGCAAAUACACGCGAUUCAAGAAUAUCGUGAAAAGAAUCGCGGCUCUCAAUUCUUCAAUCAUUUAUCCGCAAUAAGCGAGAGUAUUCCGGCACUCGGAUGGGUAGCGGUGGCUCCAACUCCAGGUCCAUAUGUCAAAGAGAUGAACGAUGCUGGACAGUUUUACACAAAUCGUGUAUUGAAAGAUUGGAAAGAAAAGGGCAAGACGCAUGUUGAAUGGUGCAAGGCGUGGGUACAAGUACUCACCGAACUGCAAAAGUAUGUGAAACAGCAUCACACAACGGGCCUUGUCUGGGCUAAGACUGGCUCAGCCCCGCCACCACCACCCCCUGGUGCAAUGCCACCACCACCUCCAUGCAUGCCAAUUGGUGAAUUGAAUACAUCCGCGGCUAAUGACGAUAGAAGCGCACUAUUUGCCCAGAUUAACCAGGGUGAGAAUAUCACCAAGAGUCUUAAGAAAGUUACAUCGGACAUGCAGACACAUAAGAAUUCCUCGAUGAGAACCGGUCCGGCGCCAUUCAAAGCACCGGUUGUUUCGAAUUCGAACACUUCACCGAUGAAAACUGUUCCUCCAGCGAGUCAGCCCAUUGACAAACCACCAGUUUUCACUCGAGAUGGCAAAAAAUGGCUCAUAGAAUACCACAAGGGCAACAAAGAUCUCCUAAUUGAUAACCCGGAAAUGAAUAAUGUCGUUUACAUGUACCGAUGCCAGGAUAGCACCUUGAUUGUUAAAGGGAAGAUUAACUCAAUUGUCAUGGAUUCAUGCCGCAAAUCUUCAAUUGUAUUCGACUCUGUUGUCUCCAGUAUUGAAUUUGUUAAUUGCCAAAGCGUACAAAUGCAGGUCCUCGGAAAAGUACCGACAAUUUCAAUAGACAAGACUGAUGGCUGCCAGAUGUACCUCAGUCCUGAGUCUCUUAACGUCGAGCUCAUCAGCAGCAAAUCAAGUGAAAUGAAUGUCAUGGUACCAAAAGGAAAUGGGGAUUACGUGGAGUACCCAGUGCCAGAGCAAUUUAAGACCACCGUAAGCCCCAAAGGACUCAACACAAUAGCAGUCGACGCACUCGGCUAAAUACGAUAAAGCUAAUAAAUAAGUUUUUCAAAGUUCCCAAAAUAAUUGUAAUGAUUCUUUUUCUCUACUAAUGAAUUUUAUACGAACAGUGUCAUGAGAAAUAAGACACAAAAUCUUUAGUUGAUAAAAGCAUCAAUAAUAAUCCCAAAAUUGAUAAUAAUUUAAAAUGAGAGAGACAGAAUAAAAAUAUUGGCUACGAAAAGACUAAUAAAAACAUCAUAACUCUAA